AUGGUGGAGAUCCUUCGACGAGAUCCUUCGGCUGCCAUUAUCAAGACUAUCGCCGAGCAGCACCUUGCCAAACGACUUGCCCCUAGCAGACAACUUGACGAGGAGGCGCCGGGUGAAGUGGAAGAUCAGCCAGCAAAGACACAAGUUAACGGCAAGUCGGUCGAAGUGGUGCACGAAGUGCCCUAA